CAAAGUCUUGCUCCUGGUUAUACACCUAAUCCCAAUUUAACAAAAAAUCAUCAUGCCAACUUGGCUACCAAUUCUACUGAACCUGUUCUAAAUCCUACCAAUACAAAUUACACUGAACCCGCUUCCACUUCUUUCAACUCCAUGUCUCCUACCACUGACUUCUGUGAUCCCAGUCUCUAUGAGAAGUUUCUGCAGUUUAUUCAAACUCAACAACCUAAAACUGCUUCUGCCAAUGUUGUCAUCAUUGCUCCUGAUGAUGAUGAUCCAACUGACUCUCACUAUGUCACAAAGUUUCUAGGACCACCUUACCAACAAAAUGAUUGGCUUUGCUGAUUUAAGGAAUAUCCUUUAUCACUACAACCGUGAUUCCUCUUUAACUCCUAUUUCUACUGUGCAUUCAGCACAUAAUCAGCAUAAUAGUUCUUCUGCUACUCUUUGGCAUUUUAGACUAGGGCAUUUGCCAUUCAAUAAGAUUUUCACGCUUUCUGAUUGUAAUGUUUC